UGAAGCGGCGCGUUUAUUUCGAAUAGGUUCGGUUCGGUUCGGUUUAUGUAAAACUAAAUUCGAUUUAAUUUCUCUGGUUUCGGGUUUACUUACGGUUGGUUCGCUUUAUAUUAACUAAAAUUCGAUUUAGAUUAUCUGAUUCGGUUCGGUUUAAUUGCUUUGAUUUCGUAGAGACGGUUUAAAUUCUCUGAUUAUGUUCGGUUCGGUUUAUAUUAACUAAAUUCGAUUUAGAUUCUCUGAUUUGGUUCGGUUUAAAUGCUUUGAUUUCGCUGCGACGGUGUUGCCGAUCAUUUGCUUCCUCCGAUGGAUUCAGCUGGAGAGGUCGUCAACGACGGCAAAAUCACUCUCGAGGGUUUCACCGUAGCUGCUCGAGCUUUCGCCGAUAAAUGGAAAAGACAUAACCUUUCGUUCCCUCCCUGGUCAUGGGUUCCUCUGAUCAACCGAACGAUGCUUAAGAAGGAGGAAGGUUACUUAUCGCUAGAGAAAAUCAUCAUUCUCAGCUCACUUGAGGGAAGUGCUGAGGAGGAGUCUUUAGAUGUAACAGCUGAUUGGUCGGAGAAGGAAGAAUCAGUUGAUCUCACGGUCUUGGUACAAAACGUUGAAGAUGAAGCACACUACUAUGAUUACCAUAUCGUUUACAGUGCAUCGUACAUGGUUCCUAUGUUAUACUUUCGUGGAUACUCUAGUGAUGGAAAGCCUCUUUCUUUGGAUGUGAUCAAAAGAGAUUUGCCUUCAAGCUCUGUUAGUCUUUUGCUGGAAUCUAAGUGGACGUUUAUAACACAGGAGGAGCAUCCGUAUUUGAACAGACCAUGGUUCAAGCUGCAUCCUUGUGGGACUGAGGAAUGGAUCAAGCUGCUUUCCGAAAGCAGUAGCUCUGAUGGUUGUCAGAUUCCUGUUGAGUUGUACUUGGUUUCAUGGUUCUCUGUUGUCGGGCAGGUGGUUGGUCUUAAAAUCCCUCGUGAGAUGCUGAUUUAGAGAUGAUCUGUAAUCCCACAACUAUGGAAUGAGUCAAUGGCUCUUAAAGUCCUCAAGAACGUUGCGGUUAUUAUGGUACACUUUUGUGAAUGAUCUUUUCACAUCUGCUUGAAUGAAUACUCGCUCAAAAACAAAAACAUGACAUAUUUGUAUUACAUGGAUGUUCUUUUAUAAAAGCUUAUGGAAGUGUGAUUGGUUAAAGUC